AGCUAAACCUCAACACAACCUCCCACCACCACAACGUUCCUCUCCUCUCUCUUCCCACAACAACACAAACACACUCUCUUUCCCUCUUCAACCUCGACCUCCCCUCUUCUCCCUUCUUCCUCCUCUCCACCAUUCCACUCCCUCCUUCUCUCCCUUGAAAACCUUCGUGAUUAAUUCACCGGUCCUGCAAUCACGUACUGGUUUCUCCCGUCUCGACCACCACGCACCGUGUCGUUUACCGCAUCGCUUUUGCUGUUGAGUCCAGAAGUCCUCAUUGGUUACGGAUUCCUUAAACACGUACACUCGUGUCGGUAGUAGAACGUUUUUCGAGAAAAGGUCAAGAUCCAAGAUCUUUCUCGCCAGCCGGUCUGCUGUCCAAUCAGUGGCCUUUUGCGUCUGCCUUUCUUAUUCUCGGGUUUGUGACGUGAAUCCCGUACCGUACCAUUCUUAAGCCGCUAAUAAUUUUCUCCAGGGCUAGAUUAAAACCCGAUCACCGGGUCGAGGACUAAAUACCCUAAAAAGUCAAUUGUUUUCUAAAUACCCAUUGCCACGCUUUCGUUGCACCAAUUCCAAACCAUUACCAUCACAACACAACCACAUCAGUGUUGUAUCAAAAUGCAAGCGGUAAGUAUCCUUCGCCAUCUCUUAUGUACGUGAUAUACGCGAGAAUACGCGAUUGUUGUAUCCCCUACGAAAUCUCGCGUGUUGCACACAUAUUUUGAUGCCCCCGACACUGAUACCUUAUUCCUCAUAGCGUCGAGCUACUCGUCAGCGCUCCUCGAGCAAUAUCGAUAACAAUGAUGAGAACCGAGGCGCUGCGGGUGUCUCCACUCGUUUGACCCGUGCUAAAGCAGCUGCGCUCACUUCAUCUGAUCCAGCUGCCCCGCUACCUACAAAAACCGCCACUACCAGUGCUUUGCCCGGCAAUCGAAAACGUUCUGCUCUGGGUGAUGUGAGCAAUGUUGUCAAGGCUGAUGGUGUGGAGGAUAAGAAGGUUGGUGGGAAGAAGGGUGGAAAACCUACUCUAUCAACAAAGACCGUCAAUGGGGUUACAAAACAGACGCGUGCAAAGGCACAACCCAUCAAGAGCGUUGCACCGGAGGAGACUAAGAGGACCAAUAGCGGUUCAGGUGUUUUGGCCGCUCGCAGGAAGAAGGCUGCUACAGGUGUUCCCGGUGCUGGCAGUACCAAGGUCAAAAAGGAGGAGGAUAAGGAAAGGGAAGUCGAAUCCGCAAAGGUCACCAUCUCAAGCGUCGAAAUCGAAGUACCAUCUAAAUCCGAGCCCGAGGUGAUUCGCGUUAGCAAAAAGCCGCGUGUGGAGGAGCGCCUGGCACACAAUGACCUCGAUGAGGAGGAUCGUGAUGACCCUUUGAUGGUUUCCGAGUAUGUUAACGAGAUUUUUGAAUACCUACGUGGUCUGGAAACCUCCACUAUGCCUAACCCCGACUAUAUGGCCAACCAAGAACAUCUGCAGUGGAAAAUGCGCGGUAUCCUUGUCGAUUGGUUAAUUGAGGUCCACACUCGUUUCCGUCUACUCCCGGAGACUCUAUUCCUUGCUGUGAAUAUCGUCGACAGAUUCUUGAGUGCCAAAAUUGUCGAGUUGGAUAAGCUCCAGUUGGUUGGGGUUACUGCCAUGUUUAUCGCUGCCAAAUACGAGGAGGUCUUCUCCCCUGGGGUCCAGUACUUCCGCUCGGUCGCCGAUGAUGGUUUCACAGAAGAGGAAAUUUUACAGGCUGAACGUUAUGUCCUGACUACUCUCAACUACAAUCUGUCUUACCCCAAUCCAAUGAACUUCCUGAGAAGGAUUUCGAAGGCCGAUCAGUACGAUUACGAGACCAGGACUGUGGCCAAGUAUCUCUUGGAAAUCAGCUUGUUGGAUCAUAGGUUCAUGGGGUACGCACCCAGCCACGUAGCUGCCGCGGCCAUGUACUUGUCAAGAAUGAUGCUGGAACGUGGACCCUGGGUAGGAAUACCCCUGCCCUUCUUUGUUGCUGUGUUGCUCACUUUUCCACAAUAGGAUGCCGAUCUGGUUCACUACUCUGAUUACACCGAAGAGGAGGUCCUUCCUGUCUUCCGCUUGAUGAUCGACUAUCUUGCCCGCCCCGUUAAGCAUGAGGCGUUCUUCAAGAAGUAUGCAAGCAAGAAGUUCAUGAAAGGUAUAUUCCUGCUUCUUUCUUAUUGGUAUUAGCCUUCUAAUCCUAAUAUUUUCAUGCAGCUUCCAUCCAUGCACGUCAAUGGGCGAAGAGAAAUGCUAGUGCGCACGGCGUCAACAUCGAGUCGACAACCCAUGAUGACAGCCGAUAAUCCCUCCGCACAAUUCUUGCCCAAAAAUCUAACCUGUUCGAUACAUGCAUUUUUAAUUUCGUUUCUCUCUUUUGCAUAAAUUUACAUCGGCUGGCAACGACCGACAUUCCUUGUUUUAUAUCCGUUCAGCGAAUCCUCUUGUUUGCACGAAGGUUUCUGGGCAUCUUGCAUGCGUCGCAUUGGUUCGUGGGGUUUAAUAACGAACGAUACGUGAAAAAGAAAGUCCUUUUUUAAGAUACGGUCGAAAAGGUUGGUUGUGAAUGGCCAGGCAAUGAAUCAAGUCGAACCAACGAGGGAACGGCAAAGGUUGGGGUCGAACAGAGUCUCAUAGCAUGAACAUUGGAGUAUUGCCUAGAUGGUCAAAUAUUUUUGUUCUGACAAUCGAGCGCUCAAGUUCAGUGCAUGGAACUCCUUGUACUCUCUUCGUUAGUUGUGAUCUUAUUCUGUGUUUUUAUUUUCCUUUUUCUUUCCAUCGGUUGUGUGAUCAUUAGUUCGGCUUUCAAGGGAUCGGCUUGGUUUUCCUUACGUUAUUCUAUUUCUCCUUAUUCCCUGUGUCUAUUCAUUUUCUUUUUCCAUUUCCUUUAUGGGCGGGGGAGGCGUGACUGAGUUGAUUUAUUCCUGGUAGUGACAUGGAGGCCGCGAUAACAUUACACUGGCUUGGGUCUUCCUUGUUCGAUUUUUAUUGUCUUGUUGGCGAUACCAAUACCUCAAAAACGGCUUCCUGUGUUAGUUUUUUUCUCGUUAUUUUUCUUACGGGCCUCAUUCUAUUACCCCCCUUUUUUUUCCCUUCCUGUCUCAUAUCUACUUAUUUUUUUUACCCUAUUACCGGAUUGAUUUCUUAAUAUUGAACGCCGUGAUAUGCUUAACCGGGCUACACUGAUCAUCAACGACAUGUUCAUCCUAUGGUUACUAGACUACGGUAUGCCCACACAUCACUCCCACCGCCCUUUCCCCAUGCCACCCUCACAAGAGAAGAAAAAAGACAAUCUACCCUAACGCCUUUCCUUUGUACCUACCCCCUUUCUCCCGUUCCCUAGUCUCUAUUCCCCCUCCCCCUCUCUCCAUCCGUGGACGAGUGAAAACCCUACCGCCUAAUGUAUGCAACCCGUUACAUAACCAAAAAAAUAAUAAUAUACCCCAUAUCAUACCUGCAUUUUUUGGGUAAAACCGAAGAAAAAACUACCCUAAAACACCCUAUAUCAUGUGCUCAAAUUCCCUCUGUGUAUUUUAUUUCUAGACUUCGCUAGUUUCCUUUGUUGGAAGGUGGAAUAGAAUAUAUUGUUGAGAAGAAAAACAAACGUUAAGUUACUUUCCGAGAACAGGGGCGCCCGCGGCGGGGGGGGGGCUAAAUUAAGGAGGUUGAACGGAUUUGGGUAGUGGAUGGAGGGAGACCGAGAGGGAGAGGUAGGGAUGAGGGGUGAAUAAAGUUGGGUAAAACAGAGAGGGCCAUCACUCGAAAUUGAGUGAGCCGUUGUGCUGAGUGGUGAUUGUCACAGGGGGGGAAAGUACGUUAUGGCAUCAAACAUUAUACGGCCAUUGCAUAGGGAUAUAUAUCCAUCUACCCAAGGGGAUUAUGGGUUUUCGCUUUGGUUCC